AUGCAAGUUGCAGCAUUGCAGAUUCCAGCCACUCCGCCAAGACGGCCACGCUCUGUCCGUGUGUCGGCAGAGAUGGAAUGUGCUGAUAGUUCCACGGCGGAGGAGCCGGAGCCCAUGAGCCCUACCGGAAGAAUCUUGGAGGAGAUGGGUGUCUGCAUCAUCGUUGUGAUGGGGCUCGGCACGCCGGUAAACCUACCCGUCUUCCGCGCCGGCAUCGAAACAGAACUGGUCACCCGAUUCCCGCGCUUCCGCAGCGUUCAAGUAAUGGAUGGAUCCAAGGAUGGCAAACCAGGAUGGGUGCAAACAAAGGUGAACAUGGACGACCACAUCGUCGUUCCUGUGCUUGAUCCUGUUGCAGUGGUUUCUGACCCGGAAAAGACCGUGGAGGACUAUGUGGCGUCACUGUCCACGCUUCCAAUGGACAGGUGUCGCCCGCUUUGGGAGUUCCACUUCCUCCACUUCCCAACCUCUGAGGCGACCUCCACGGCCGUGCUCCGGCUACACCACUCCAUCGGCGACGCCAUGUCAAUCAUGACACUCUUCAUGGCGUCAUCAUACAGCACAGCUGACCCAGCGAGGCUUCCGGCCAUGCCCCCGCCGCCCAAGCGCACUGGCGCCAUCUACCAACGGCAGCCACGACCUGCGCUAUCUUCGUUUGGCGAUUAUCUGGCGUGGGUAUGGUCCUAUUUUGUGCUGGUGUGGCACACGCUAGUGGACAUCAUGUUGCUUGCUGCCACCGUACUGUUCUUGAGUGACACACGCACGCUGUUCACACGUGCGGACAACGGCGAGUCUCACCGCCGCAGAUUUUUUCGUUUCGUGCAUCGGAGCAUUAGCCUUGACGAUGUCAAGCUCAUCAAGACUAUCAUGAACUGUACUCUCAAUGACGUGUUAGUUGGUGUGACUUCAGCAGCUCUUUCACAAUACUACUUUAGAAAGUCUGGUCGCACUAACACUAAGAGAAUCUAUUUGCGAUCAUUUGUCCCUGUCAACAUAAGGCCAAUAUCUAGUCGACAGACAUAUGUUACAAAGGUAGAGACAGGGAAUCAACUUAGCAGCCUCAUCUGCCCAUUUGAUGUAGCCUUGUACAGUGAUCCCCUUGAGUAUGUUCGCAAGGCAAACAGAUCUAUGCACAGGAAAAAGAGUUCUUUAGAAGUGAUGUUCACACAAGUGGUUGGUGAACUUUUGGUGAAGUACUUCGGUGUAAAGAUAGGAGCUUUUAUCUUCCACCGGUUGGGCACACGUACAACCAUAGCCUUAUCAAAUGUCAUUGGACCAGCUAAACAUAUAACAUUAUGUGGGCACCCAAUUGCCUUCAUGGCGACUAGCAUCUACGGGCAACCACAAGCUCUAACCAUGCACUACCUAAAUUAUGGUAGUACUAUAACGAUAAUUAUGGCAGUUGAUGACGCGCAAUUUCCAGAUUGUCACCAGAUUUUGGAUGAUUUUGCCGAGUCUAUCAGGCUCAUUAAGGAUGCGGCGGCCCUAAGCAAAUUAACAACAACGACAGAAUGA